CUCUGGCUCCGCCCGCCACAUCACUAGCAUGGCGGAACACGGAGCUGGAAUUCCGCCUAUGCGUUAAUGACAGCGUCGCUAAUGGGGGUAACGUCGACCAUGACCAUCCUCUGGAAAUACAGACCUGCUCCCUGAAGUCAUCUAACCAGCUGUGGGGCGACUUUGGCGCCUGUUCCUCCGCGGACACACAGCUGCUGGGCCACCGGCUGGUGUCAGACCUGACAGACGGCGGAUGAAGGCGAGCUGUUCGCCUUGAUGCUCUGAGUUGGACCGUUGCCUUCUCCCCCCCCCCUCACUUUGAACUCCUCGCCGGGGUUAACUAGGCUAGCUUACUCUCUCUGAAGAGUUGCAGAGACAAUAUCAUGGAUUUGCUCGAGGUGCUGCAUUUGGACGAGCUGUCCCACGGGCUGGCAAACUUGUCCAUGUUUCCAUACUUUGACAUGGCGCAUUACAUCGUGUCCGUCAUGGCUCUGAGGGAGCAGCCAGGUGCUCUCGAGGUGUCCAGAGUCAGCCCCUUAGCCUGCUGGUUCAGCUCCAUGCUCUUCUGUUUCGGUGGAGCUGUGCUGUCUGGGAUCAUGCUGGCCGAGCCACCUGUCGCACCUUUAUCCAACGGCACCAGCGUCCUGCUUGCGUCCAUCAUCUGGUACCUGGUGUUUUACUGCCCCAUGGACCUGGUGUACUGCUGUGCCGCCCUGCUGCCUCUCAGACUGGUGCUGUCAGGAAUGAAGGAGGUGACCAGGACGUGGAAGGUGCUCGGAGGGGUCACCCAGGCUCACGGCAAAUACAAGGACAGUCUGCUGGUGAUGAUAGCCAUCGGGUGGGCUAAAGGUGCUGGAGGUGGUCUGAUAAGUAAUUUUGAGCAGCUUGUUCGAGGUGUUUGGAAACCUGAGACUAAUGAGCUCCUCAAAAUGUCUUACCCCACCAAGAUCACCCUUAUUGGAGCGGUGGUGUUUGCUCUGCAGCAGACGCACUACCUGCCUGUCCAGAAGCACCACCUGAUGCUCAUCUACACCAUCUUCACCGUCGUCAACAAGUCGAGGAUGAUGCUCACAGGCUCCUCGGCCUCACCAUUCGCUGCCUUCGAGUCGGCCAUUUACAAGACCCUCUUCACCGGCUCCUCCCCUUACGCCGCCCUCACCGAUGAGGUAACGAAAGCGUGCAUCGACAAUGGCACAAGCAAAAUGACAACCUCCCCCGCCACAACCAAAGAGUCCAGUGAGAACGGAGUAUCAGGGAAGCACACCCCGGUUUCUCCCAACAAGGGACGGAGUGGAUCGCUCAAAGCCAAAGAAGAGUCAGAGAACACGGAGACGACAAGCUGCAAGAAGACCGACUAGUGUGGCCCAUAGCGCCUUUUCACCUCUGAGCAGGGUUGUGGAGUCAUUUUUGAUGCAGAUUUGUCAUGUCAGGACUUAAACUGCUGAAAAUAGAAUUUCAGGAAGAGCUGACUCCAACCGACCCUGCACCUUAUAGUGGGAUAAUCACCCCUUUCCUUAAAGUACUGUGAUAUUCAAUGCUGUCAGACGUGAGCAUCAAUCUGUCCUCGGGCUGAUAGCACACUCGCAGUACAACGUGUAGCUUAAAUUUUAAUAUAUAUUUAUAACGGGUUCAAACUGUUAAUUUUGUCUCGGGGUUUUGGGAACAGCGCUGAAUGUCUGUAUCUUUUUUCGCUCUGUAUAUAUUCUGCUUCAUGUAAAUACUAUAUUUCUUAUCCUGAAGUGGUUAGAAUCAUUUUUAAAAGAGAGAUUAUAUUCUAAAACAUCAGGUAUUUUUCCUAUCGAUACUUAAAUAAUACAAUUGCACUCGUGAAUGUAUGACAGUUCGAGAUGAAAGACACGUUUUUAUUGUAUUGUUCAUUUGACGAAUGCUUUGAGUUGCAGUUGAAAGCAUGAGAUUAAACUGGUUUAAUGGCACGAUAAAAA